UUUACAAAACGUGACAGAAUAGUUCAAACGCGCGCAUAGUAGUUUAAACGUCACUCUCAUUUCACCAAAAUUAAUCGUCAUUUUCCGAACAAUGGCUUACAAUUUCCAGUCGGAAAGUGAGGUGAAGGAGUUCAUCAAAAAUUUAGGCAUAGAAUACCGCUUCGGUUGUUACAGCGAGAAAAAGGCCGAAGUGUGCCAUUUACUGGCCGAUUAUCUGGAAUCGAUCGACAAAAACUACGAAAAGGCCGGGAUUGUGUACAAGACGACGUGCGAUGACUAUAAAUAUGCGAAAAGUUGCUCCAAAUACGCCACUUAUGCCUUGCUUGGAAAAGGGGCGAAAAAGUCCGAUUUUAAAGCCGCUUACGGUUAUUUCGAUAAAGGGUGCGAACUAGGCGACCCCACGUCGUGCUUCCAUCAAGGCUUGCUCCUAAUCACGCGAAACGAGGAGCAGGGGAUUGCCCAAAACCCCAUCAAAGGGAUGGCACUACUGGAAAAGUCCUGUAACGCGGAACACAGCAACGCGUGCUAUUAUUUAUCGGGGAUGUACAUUGCCGGGGUCCGUAAAUCCCCCAAAGACACUUCCAGUGAUAAAAUUGAAUACGCCGUCGCCAAAGACAUGAAACAAGCAUUUAAGUUCGCGUUGAAAGGCUGCGAGUUGGGGAAUAUGUACAGUUGCGCCAACCUCAGCCAGAUGUAUGCCAAAGGAGACGGAGUCGAGAAAAAUCCCGAACUGGCGGCGAAAUAUCGCAAAAUCGCGACGGACAUGCAGGAGGAUAUUCAAGGGGGCAAGACUUUGUCGUUUCAGGAGGGGCUCACGUGAAAUAAUAGCGAAAUAAAUUUUUGUUAGUUA